CACUUCAAAUUUCACAGUAGUACUWCGGCGAACAUUUCCCGUCUCCGUCUCAACCGGAAGAUUCAAUGCUGAUAAAAAAAUAAUUAAACCCCGCAGAAAUCUACCAUCGCUCGGUGCAAYUGAACAUUACUUUCUAGAGGAGGUCAAGGCUAAAUAGACGUCUAGAUUUGUCUCCCGACCAACGGCAUCUCGGGUGUCUUGAGUUGAUGGUAGUUUUUUCAUAGUUGCACCUCGGAAGCCGAUUUCGGAAGCCGAUUUCGAAAGCCGAUUUCGAAAGCCGAUUUCGAUCUAGAUGCUGCCUUCAUGGGAGUGGGCGCUGACGGCAUGCCUUGUUUUUAUGUGCGCUGAGGUUGCUCGAGCCCUCGUCGGAAACGCUGGGGAUUGCAGCUUGAUGACUUUCGUAGAUGUCACCUGGAAGUAAGUACUGAAAACACACCAUKUAAUUUUCUUUCGAAACAAUGUCGAUUCUUGAUUUUGAUUUGUCGCAUGCGUCUCUCAACACUGCGACUCAAAUAUCCCAAUGACGUYGAAACGUCGCAAAAAAGUGGCACCRGUGAUAUUAGGAAAGAGACUGAAUUUGCAUUUUCCCACAUUGCAGCCGUUCUUUUGGCAGUGAGCGAUUUCAAUCAGCGGAAUCCUUCCGUCGUACCUGAGCUGGUGUCUAAUCCUUCAAUUCAGCAGUGCAAUUUCAAUUUUGGGGAGAUUAUUGUGGAGGAYACGCAACAUCUUGUGUCAAGGACGGUCGAUAAACUUUAUAACUACGUGAAACAUGCCAACGAGCCUUGUGGAAUGAUUGGGAGCUAUAGCCACUUUCCAAUUCAGGAUGUGAGUACAUUCGCAUCGGCGAUGAAAGUUCCUAUGGUAACCCAUACUAGUUUGGGCACAGAACUCUCCAUUUCAAACAUGCAAAAGUACAUUAGUCAAUCGAACGCGUUGGCAUCGCAGGCCAUGAGACCGAUGAUUAAACACUUGCGGGACGAUUUAGGCAGAGAAAAUUAUUAUUCCAUUCUGUAUUCAUCGAAUCGACGAGAGUACCUGUCCUUAGCAAAGCUUCUAGAACACAAGUUGCACAACGAAGGGAUUCAAUCUCACAUGCAAGGGUAUAGUUCGAUCAGUUACAUCAGUAAGAAAAUAUCGAGUGGUGCUGAUGACUUAUACAACGCAACCGGAAGGAUAAAAGAAAUCGGGUACAGAACAAUAAUUGUCAUUGGGGAUAAUACUGUUCUGAAUCAAUUCACUGGUUGGAUUGAUCAACUGGCUAUAGCCGCGAACAGUCACGGUAUGAAUCAAGGGGAAUAUUUCUGGGCAUUUUGGAACGACAUGACUCUUUCAGAAAACGGUAAUUUUCUGAACCACUUGCCAAAAGACGACUUGAGGUACAAACUUCUGUCGGGCGCAGUGGCAUUUGAUUUCAUUGAACCAUUUUUGCUCGAUGGAGACGACGACAAAUUCUUGAAGCAUUGGAAAACACAGAACGACAGCAUGGUUGAACAGUUAAAUGCCAUUAAUCCUAUCGCGGACAGUAAACCGGGAUACUACGCACCGUCUGAUGAUUAUUUUCAAACGAUAACUCCCGCGCACGGAUCGGCCUUUCUUUACGAUGCUGUGAUUGCUGUGGGGGUUGGUGCUUGUACCGAAGCUCACAUUCUAGGUCGUAAUGGCGACGUGAGCAACCUMACUGGUGCUGAGCACAUCCAGGGCUUACAAAAGUCGGUGUUUAGWGGUGCGAGCGGUCAUUUCCAAUUCGACGAAAGAAUUGGAGSCAAUGUGCGAACAUUUUCUUCSGGAAUUUAUGCAGCCUACAACCUAUUACCUUUUGGUACUCAGMAGGGCUACAGAACGAAUGCAAUACUAGACCCAAUGGUUAACUCAAUGACUGCUGCUACAUACAAGGAACCCGGAAGCGACAAUUCUACAUGGAUUACAAUUGACGAAUUUAUCUUUUACGGGGGUUUGCCAAUGGGUAGCAUUCCAUUAAUUGAUCCAGAACGAAUGAACUAUCUUCCUCGGGCAGCCCAGAUUUCUGGAUUUACAUUAUAUUCGAUAGCCGUUGUCGGAUUUGCGUCUUCGAUGGUAUGGAUCGUUGUGCACCGRAAUCAUCCAGUUCUUUUGGCAGCGCAGCCAAUUACCUUGCUAGCCAUGAAUGUUGGUGCGUUCCUGAUGGUAUCUACAAUCCCGACAAUGUCUUUUGACGAGACAUCCGGGCUUACGGAAGCUGAUCUUAGCAAGAUCUGCACGGCAAAUCUUUGGUUUUACGUGGUGGGGAUUAUUUUUAUGUAUGGYGCCAUAUUUGUGAAGGUGAGCAUACAAUAAUCACAAUCUCUCGCUUAGUGASGACAAACGCGACCGUUCUCAAAUGUGUGUCCACAUCUCCAUUCUGCGUUUGAAAUUUGUAUUUUUACAGUUGGCGAGGGUGAACAAGGUUCUGCAAUUCAGGAGACAAACAGUUACGUUCAAGCAGAUUGCAUUCCCGGUGUAUAUCAUAUUUACAGUUGCGGUGGCUCUGCUAAUUGUCUAYACGAUUCUUCACGGACAACAGUGGGAUCGGGACGUCAUCAACCAAAGAACAGGGGAAUCCUACGGRAAGUGCAGCUCAAAAGGCCCCGAAGGCAUGAUUUAUACGCUGAUAUGCAUCAGUUUCGUUCCGAUGGUGUUGGCGGUGGCGGCCGCGUGGAAAACGAAGGACGUCGAAGACUCGUUCUCCGAAAGCUGGUGGAUCUUUGCCGCCACGUUUGUGAACACCCAGCUGUUUYUGGUCCUCGCUCCGAUGGCUUAUAUUCUCGAGGAUGCCAACACCGUCGGUUAUUACCUGUGUCUAGUUUUCAUGGCGUGGACGACAGCCGUAUCGACCAUCCUGAUGGUUAUGGUUCCCAAGGUGCUGGCCUUUCACGGAUUGUWCGGGGGGGAAGCCGUGCAGAAAAGAGGGUGAGUCUGUUGUCUGCAAGGUUUGCGCGUUGGCGUGCGUCGUGGUUUGCUCCUUUCUCACGUGCGUGUGUUUGUCGCUCGCUUGUUGUCURCGCGCCGGACGGCACGGCAUGCCAUCGUCAGUGCCCGGUCCGACCAGAAUCCGAGGUCGUUCGAGAAGGGAAUCUCCCGCGUCCAAUCUCGGCCCGGAACGCACCAAUCUUCGCCGACGCCGGUGCCUGUCCGUGCCUUGGCCGUAGACGGGGGAUCGAGGAAACGGCAUCGGGCGGACCGGGAUUCCAACUAGACAGAACUCAUCCKCGGCGACGCACCGCACCGCGGGGGAGUGUGCUGCAUUCAAGAGAAACAAAAUGGACGAUGCUCUCUUAGCUAGUGGAGUCCCAGAUCAUAAUUUGGAUUGUAUAGUACURUCGUAUGCACAGAAAACGAGAACGCGGAUGCUACAAUCAUGGUUUGGUGUGACAGAAAAUACAGUGCAUGUUUAGUU